AUAUAUGUUUAUACAUGUUCGAAUUUAAGAGACAAUAUAAUUACCUUUCGGUUUACGUACACGAAAAAGUGUACAUGUUAUUAUUUGAAUAUCCGUCUAUGUAAUAAGAAUAAGCAAAAUGUUAACAACGAAGGUUUUCUUUAGAAAAACCAAAGGAGGGAAUGUGUUUAAGACUGUCCGAGAACACUAUCUCCGAGAUGACAUUAACUGCGGUUCUAAAGCUUGUGAUAAAUGUCUGUACAGAAAUCGAAAUAUUAUAUUGGACGACGAAGACACAAGUGCCAAAAGCUCAAAAUUAUCACACCCUUAUUAUCUUCUGUUGGAUACUAACAUUGUUUUAGAUCAAAUUGAUAUUUUGGAAGAGGAUAUUAUUUCCAAUGUAAUAAUCUUACAAACAGUGUUAGAAGAAGUAAAACACAGAAGUUCUAAUGUGUAUAAAAAGUUGAAAGAGAUAAUUAAUACCACACGUAGAAAAUUUUAUGUAUUUGUUAAUGAACAUCACAAAGAUACUUACAUUGAACGUAAUUCUGGUGAAAGUAUGAACGAUCGAAAUGACAGAGCGAUUCGAGUCGCGACAAAAUGGUACAACACGCAUUUUACUUCUAGCGGUUGUAAUAUUACAACUGUCCUAUUAACAGAUGAUGCACGGAACAAAGAACUGGCAUUACAAGAAGGGAUACCCGUUAUUUCGAUGGAGGAUUAUGUUAUGUCGCUGGAAAAUUCAGGCUUUUUAAUGGAUAAAUUGUGUAAACGAAGUUAUGGUACAGGAAACGAUGGCAAGGAAUAUUUUCCUUGUCACCUUACCCCAUCUCAAGUACACGAUGGCAUAAAAAACGGAAAAUUUUUCCAAGGAAAAUUUGCAGCAUCAAGAGAAAACUUUUUAGAGGGAUACGUGAAUACAGAUGGAAUGGAAAAAUCCAUUUUAAUUCAAGGUCGAAGCAACCUUAAUAGAGUAGUUGAUGGUGACACAGUCGCAAUAGAACUGUUACCAGAGGAUCAGUGGUCAUCUCCCAGUGACAUUAUUUUGCAAGAUGAAGAAGAGGCAGACGCGGAUGAUGUUUUAGAAACAGAGAAAGUGUUAGACAAAUUUGUUUCUUCGAACAAAAUGCAAAAGACACAGACUGGAAAGGUUGUUGGUAUUAUUAGAAGAAGUUGGAGGCAGUAUUGUGGAAUAUUAAAUCCUAACAGUAUCGAAGGGAAUGUAAGACAUUUGUUUGUCCCAACCGAACGAAAAAUACCUAAAAUAAGAAUCGAGACCAGACAAUAUAAGGUAUUGAGUAAACAAAGAAUCAUAGUCGCCAUCGAUUCAUGGCCCCGUAACUCUAGGUAUCCUUUAGGUCAUUUCGUACGCGCGUUAGGUGAAAUAGGCGAUAAAGCGACUGAAAACGAAGUAAUACUUUUGGAGCAUGAUGUUCCGCAUAGUCGAUUCUCCGACGCUGUUCUUAGCUCACUGCCGAAAAUGCCAUGGACCAUCACAGAAACUGAUUUGGCGGGUAGAGAGGAUUUUAGACACUUAGAUAUAUGUUCAGUCGAUCCUCCAGGAUGUACAGAUAUCGACGAUGCUCUUCAUUGCAAAGAUUUGCCAAACGGGAAUCUCGAAGUAGGUGUACAUAUCGCGGACGUGACACAUUUCAUUAGACCCGGGACAGCAUUAGAUAAAGAAGCGGCUUUACGAGCUACGACUGUAUAUUUGGUUGACACGAGGAUUCAAAUGCUUCCAGAAUUGCUCAGUUCGAAUCUUUGUUCCUUGAGAGGACACGAAGAAAGAUUAACGUUCUCUUGUAUAUGGGAAAUGGACAAGAACGCGAAUAUAAUUAACACACGAUAUUGUAAAUCUGUAAUUUGUUCUCGAGCGGCUAUGACUUACGACGAGGCUCAACUGAAGAUCGAUGAUCCCGCUCAGCAAGAUUCGAUUGCAAAGUCAUUAAGAAAUCUUAAUGCUUUAGCGAAAAUAUUGAAGAGGAAACGUCUGGAGAAUGGCGCCUUGGUGUUAGCGUCUCCGGAAAUCCGUUUUCAAGUUGACAACGAGACGCACGACCCCAUCGACGUACAAGCGAAACAAUUAAAAGACACCAAUUCUAUGAUCGAAGAAUUUAUGUUGUUAGCAAACAUCUCGGUCGCUAAAAAGAUCAUGGAAGAAUUUCCAGAAUGUGCGGUGUUAAGGAGGCAUCCUGAACCACCGCCUGCUAAUUUCGAGCCUCUUAUAAAAGCUGGAAAGAAUCAAGGUUUCGUUAUAAACGUUAAUAGCGGCAAAGAAUUAGCAGAAUCUUUAGACAAGUGUCACAAAGAGGGCAAUCCUUAUUUCAACACUAUGUUGAGAAUACUGGCCACGCGUUGCAUGAUGCAGGCUGUAUAUUUCGUUAGUGGAAUGCACCAGCAAAGCGAAUACUUCCAUUAUGGUCUAGCUUGUCCUAUUUAUACUCAUUUCACAUCGCCUAUUCGAAGAUACGCCGAUGUGAUGGUUCAUCGUUUACUGGCAGUUUGCAUAGGAGCCGAUGCGACUUAUCCUGAUUUAUUGGACAAGAAGAAAAACCACGAGAUUUGUCAAAAUCUAAAUUAUCGGAACAGAAUGGCCCAGUAUGCUGAUCGUGCAUCGGUUGCACUCAACACACAUUUAUUCUUCAGAGAGAAAAUUCAAGACGAAGAAGGAUAUAUACUUUUUGUACGGAAGAAUGCACUGCAAAUAUUGAUUCCAAAAUAUGGUUUGGAAGGAACGUUGUAUUUAAACGAUAAGAAAACAUCGUCGCCCGUAUCGUUCACGUACAAUAGCGAAGAUCAUUCGCAAUCUUGCGGUGAUAUUGUAUUUCGCACGUUUGAUCCUGUCAUAGUGCAAAUAAGUUUGGACAGAUCCAACGUGCAACACGAGAAAAUAAUAUUUAAACUUGUCAAACCACUCAUUCCAGGCUUUAGUGUGCCUCUAGCAGAUGCAGCAGAAUCCUCGAUCACCGUGCAAGAAGAAAGUACAAAAGAAACUAAACGAAAGGCGGAUGAAGAAAACCCAUUGAGCAAUAGCACUAAAAGCGAAGGGAAAAAAAAGAAACGGAAAAAGAGGAAGCAUUAAGUGUUAUAUACAUUUUCCAUUUGAGAGAUCUAUUUUCGAGUAUAUUUUGUAUAUUGUGCCGUGUUAAAUACAUAAAAAGAAGAUUAAAUUAUUUUACAAUUUACGUAUACUUUAUUCUAAAUUAUAAAAUAUACAAAUUUCCUCGUUCUUACAAUUUGAUUAAAUUGAUAAGAAAUAAAAAGUUUUAUCCCUAUGAAUCAGUCGUGCUAAAAAUAAAGCGGUAGUUUUAA